UUAUCAAAAUAAUCGGUGAGGAUAGUGGUAAAAAUAAAUUGGUUUCAUUUGCUAGAUCUGAUGUCAGGCCAGUGUCAGCAAAUAUAUAAGUAUUUCUGACAGACAUUCGCCUAGUUGGCACAAAACUGCCCGCUAAAUGUGGAAACCCGUGUCACCUCUCCCAGCCCGCCGCCCCAGUGAGCCUCACUCACGAGAGGGCCGCUCCCGGGUAGUAGGGUAUCCAUCUGCUCCACGCGCCACCCACACCGGAGACAUGACAGCAGCACCUAUUCUCAGGAGGCGACUAGGUCCUACAACUUUCAACGUGAAUAUCUGCUGAGAUUACAGCAAGUUAUUCGAGUGGAUUCACUGCGUGUCUAGCUGUGACACGCACACGCACCUCUUUAAUUUAGGCAGACGGGCUACAUCUUUGGGAAGUUGUCAUACUCAGCACGCGCCCAAUUGGGAGAGAGGACCACUGGUGCAGAAGAUGUAAAACUUCGCGUUACCGUCUGUUUGCUGCUGUUGUUGACUAAAGACAAUGACCGUUACCUACACCAGUAAGGUCGCCAAUGCCACGUUUUUUGGCUUUCAUAGACUUUUAUUGCGAUGGAGAGGCAGCAUCUACAAAUUGCUGUAUCGGGAGUUCCUCGUUUUUGCACUUUUAUAUACCAUAUUAAGUAUCAUAUACAGGCUAGUCCUGACGGAGUCCCAGAAGCGGUUCUUUGAAAAGGUGUCCAUAUACUGUGAUAAAUACGCAGAACAGAUCCCAGUCACGUUUGUCCUGGGGUUCUAUGUAACACUGGUGGUGAACCGCUGGUGGAACCAGUUCCAGAACCUUCCGUGGCCGGACCGGCUGAUGUUCCUGAUCUCCAGCUGCGUGCAGGGCCGUGACGAGCACGGGCGUCUGCUGCGGCGAACGCUGAUGCGCUACGUCAACCUCACCUCGCUGCUCAUCUUCCGCUCCGUCAGCACCGCCGUCUGCAAACGCUUCCCCACCAUCGACCACGUGGUGGAGGCAGGCUUUAUGACUGCCGAGGAGAGGAAGAUGUUUGAAAACCUGAAGUCUCCGCACAUGAAGUACUGGAUCCCCGUAGUGUGGUUCACAAACUUAGCCUUCAAAGCCCGCAAGGAGGGACGCAUUACAGACAAUGUGGACCUCCAGCACAUCCUUGCUGAGAUGAACAAGUUCAGGACCUGGUGCUCUACUCUGUUUGGCUAUGACUGGGUGGGGAUCCCACUUGUCUAUACUCAGGUUGUGACGUUAGCAGUGUACACAUUCUUCGUGGCCUGCCUUAUUGGACGUCAGUUCCUCGACUCCAGCCAAGGUUAUCCAGGUCAUGACCUUGACCUCUACGUGCCCAUCUUCACCUUGCUGCAGUUCUUCUUCUACUCCGGCUGGCUCAAGGUGGCAGAGCAACUCAUCAAUCCUUUUGGAGAGGAUGAUGACGACUUUGAGACCAACUGGUGCAUUGACAGAAAUCUACAGGUAUCUCUAAUGGCUGUGGAUGAGAUGCAUAUGAACCUGCCUCCCAUGACUAAAGACAUAUACUGGAAUGAGGCUGAUGUGAGGCCGCCCUACACUGUGGCCUCUGCCGACUACUGCAUCGCUUCCUUCCUCGGCUCCACCACAGACUUGGGGCUGUCGGAGAUCUUCCAGGCCGAGGAGACGGAUCCCCAUGUGCUGCGGCGGCAGGAGACAGUGCUGGGCCGCGUCCGUCGCCUGCUGAGCGUGCAGGAGCAUUCUGACCUGUCGCACCCGCGCCCCGCUUUCAAGCGCCACAGCAGUGACAUCCCCAGCUUUCUCCCCUUCGUGGCGGACCACCGUGUCCACCCAGGGGGGCCAGAGGACGCCCCGAUGCCACCCAAGCCCCCCCACGCUGGUCCGCACUCCCAUCCCCACCCUCACCUCCUCAGUCCUCAUCUGCUGGACACACUGGCUACCCUUCAAGAGGUCAACAGCACCCCUUCCUCCCCCGAUACAGACGUCCACUCCCCGCCCUUCACUGAUGUGCCUGAGGUGGUCAUCAGCGCACCCACCUCGACCGGUAACUAUGACAACAGUGCAACUGAGACAACAUCGCUUUCAGAGGCCGCACCAAAAACUUACAGCAGCAGUAAUGAUGCUCCCCUAAGUCCAGAGCAGGCCCUGAAGCCUGAGGCUCAGGUAGAAGGCGACCCCGGCGAAGAGGUCCCAGGAGCGGACACACCUGUCUGUUACAGCCCCACGCGCAUAGGGCCCCGCAAGUUUCACUGGACCACGCCAGCCGACCACAUGCGGAAGCGGCAGCUGUCCUUCCAGCUGUCCCGCCAAGGCUCCAGGAGCUCGCUCCACAGCCUGCCCAGCCCACGCGUGCUGGGCCGACACAGGGGUCAGCACGGCCGUCAGCACGGCCCCUCGCCCCUGGAGACCCCACAGCAGGAGGACCACCCUGGGGUCCCCGAGACGCUCUAGAGCCGCAGGGCACAGAGAGAGAGAGGAACAACUGCUAGAACCAAGACAAUAACAAGAGCUUUUACAGUCCCUCGCAGGGCACAGAGAGACAGAGAGAGAGAGGAACAACUGCUAGAACCAAGACAAUAACAAGAGCUUUUACAGACCCCUGUGGCUUGUCUGCAAAAACAAUAUCAUUUACGGGGAAGCCUGGAACUUAAUUGCACAUCGCAGUGAACUUUGAAGUCUAAUGUGUGUGUAAUAGCAGGGGAUUGCCAGAGCAACGAACAUAAAUAAACUACAGCUCUUGCCCAGAGAAUCGAGUGUGCUGAAUCUUACUGUGUAAUGUCCUGUACAAUGGACUUUCAGUUCAAACAAGCAGAAUAGUUGGAGUUUAUGCUCCCUAAGCCUUGAUCUUUCACAUUUGAAUGGCUGCCAGUUUUGUUAAUUUUAUAUAUUAUGUUGAAUAUUCAGAAGAUGCUGGAAAUGUGAUGCUUUGCAGUUUUAACAGCGUUGCGGUAGUUACUGUACAUGUGCUUCCUGCCUUUAUUCUUGACAUGGCACAGUCAUUAAACGUAUAUGUAGUGCACAGUCAUUAAACAUAUAUGUAGUGCACAGUCAUUAAACAUAUAUGUAGUGCACAGUCAUUAAACGUAUAUGUGCACAGUCAUUAAACAUAUAUGUAGUGCACAGUCAUUAAACGUAUAUGUGCACAGUCAUUAAACGGAUAUGUAGUGCGCAGUCAUUAAACGUAUGUGUGCACAGUCAUUAAAAGUAUAUGUAGUGCAGUCAUUAAACGUACUGUAUAUGUAGUGCACAGUCAUUAAACGUAUAUGUGCUCGUUCCAUGAUUGUAAUGAAAUGACUGAUAUUGGGAUGCCUUACAAAUGCUCUCUGAUAAAGUGUGCAGUCUCAGAUGGUCAUAAUGAGAUACAAGUUCUCUCCAUAAACUACCAAGCUUCUAGAAUCAAUAUAUCACUCUAUAUAAGUGUAUGAGCCAUAUUCAUUUUGUAUUAUUUUAUUUAAUUUUGCUCGGUGCCACUAGGGGGCUGUAUGUGCUUUGUGGCUCAGCCGACCUCGGGUCAGCCCAGGUAGGCCAUUUAACCUACAGGAAACCCAGACGCAGGUGUUGCUAAUUUGGGAAGCAAACAGUUUUCGACUGUGCCUUUGUGCCUAUGUGCAUAUGUACCUAGCCUUUGUGGUGAGCAAUUCGGUUUGUUAUUUUGGUUACAUGUAUUAUGAGUUAAAGUUAUUGCCGCUGUAUGAUAUAUGGAUGUAAAAUAAACCUGCGAGAUAAUUGUAACAAUUA